ACAUUAUAACAACUCAACGGCGACUCGAUUCUAUGCCAAAUAUUGAAAUUUAAGCCCUAUGUCCUAUUUUCUAGGUUUGAUUUCAAAAAAUAUAUAUUGAAGUAGUGUACGACGUGUGGUCUACGCGUUGUACACUAAGGUCAACUCCGACACGUUUGCCACGCAUUGACCACACGUCGUCCCCGCAACGACUAUGCGUUUGCGACUGACGCGUGACGGGCAACCAUUUGCCAACCCACCCGUCCGCCCCGUGCCUUCCCCCCGCCCGCCAUCAUUCGCUAUAGAAUCGAAAGACGGGGUGCACGUUGAUAAGCGGUACAGUGAUAUUUUUUGUAAAUCAUGCAGAAAGAAAAGUUGAUAGAAGAAGUGCGAAAAUAUCCGCUACUAUACGACCUUAGUGAUUCGAAAUAUAGCGACGUAAAUAAGAAGGAAAAGGCAUGGAAUGAAAUCGCUAUUGUAUUGUCGCAACCAGCGUCAGAAUGUAAGAAGAUAUGGCAAAACUUAAGGGAAUAUCAUAGAAGAGCCAUUAAAAAGAAAGCAACUAAAAGUGGUCAGAGUGCUACUACUAAUAAAAAAUGGCAAUAUGAAACUGAAAUGUCUUUUUUACUACCACAUUAUAAAGAACGGUCUACAGUGACGUCAGUGGACAACACAGAUGAUGGUGAUGAUGAAAAUAGCUUAUCUGCUGCCGAAAUUUUUGCCAAUUUGACUAAUAAUGAAGAAUCUCAGGACUCGUCAAUUACCUCGGAGCGUCCAGAAUCUUCGGUGUCUAUGUACGAAUCAUCUAAAUCAGUGUUUCCUGACAUCCCAAAAACGACAAAACGAAAGAAAUUGCAAGAAACAAGUGCAUCGGCGGUUUUAAUGGAAUAUUUAUUAAAAAACAAAAAAGAUGAAGAUGGAAAGCAGAAUGACGAAAUGGAUAAUUUUUUUUAAGUAUUUCUAGCACAGUAAAAAAAUUAUCUACCUAUAAUCAAGCACUUUUAAAGUCAAGAAUUUUUAAUUUAGUUUCGGAAGCUGAAAUACAAGAACUGCAAAAUAAUCGAAACUGUUACUAUGAUGAUUUUUUUGCACCAGGAACUUCUGGCUACACAACUCAAAACAUAAAUACAGGUACUACCGGUACUAGCACCGCUAGCACCCAACAGCAAAAUACAACCCCUAUGGAAGAAUCGAGGGUUGAUGGCUCUUCUUUAACACAACUAAAGUAAAAUUGCUUUGCCUUGAUUUAUCCUUUAACUUGAUAUAUGAAUAAAUAAAUAAAUAUAAUUCUAUAAAAAAGUUUCUUAUU